UUCCACUCUAUCAAGAGGUGCGCGUCAUGGAUUUACGUUAGAUCUCACUAAAUAGUUAAAAAGAACUGUUUCUAAAUUAUCCCGUGAAGAGAAUUCUAUAUAGCUAUAUGGAGAGAAUGGAUAUGAAUUUUUAACAACUCAGACCGGACCUAAAAUUAACAGUGUUACUUAAAUGUAAAAUUAGUUGUUUUAUUUAUUUAUUUUUUUUGCCGCGAAAAAUAAAGACUGAGAAUCACCGGAUAUAUCGCGAUAUAAUCAUAAAUGUGUGUGGUACAAUUUAAUUUUCUGUGCAAUUACCUCCCUUUUUCACAAGGGAAUUUUCAACUCUACAUUCUUCGCAAUCUUAAUUAGGAUACACAGUUUCACCCUUAAUUAAGUGAAACAUUUCUGGCUCUUGUGGAAAAAUCACAAUUUUUGGAGAACAUCCAACAUAAAUUUUAGCUCAUGGUGGCUUGGAAUUAUUUUCAAAAUAUCAGAUAAUCUGUGUGUGAAUGGAAAGAAAAAAUAUACUUAUAGAAUUUUCACUCAAUAUCCAUAAAUUUGGGAUACGCUUGUGAAGGAGGUAAAUUGAGGAUUUGUGCCUCUAUGGAAUAAUCCGUAAAAUAUGUGAGCUCAAUAUUGUGAUAGAGCUAUAAAGGAACAAAGUGCAAAUACAAAAGCUCCUCAGUCUAAAAUGGAUUGGGAGUAUUAGUGAAAAUACUUAAGAGUUGCUGAUGCAAAAUCAAUAUUUCAAAGUGAACAUACUGAAGCACCUGCAUAACCCUGGAUUAAUUGUGUUAUAUUUAAAUUAAUGUGCAAUUUGUGAGUGAAAUUGUCUGCAAAAGGAGAACAACAAAAGCACCCCACUCCCCCUACAAUGGCUGAACAAAUUUGAAGAAAUAUACCGUCGGCAUUCAUCAACUUUAGGAAAGCAAAAUAGUCAGAAAAAAUGAACUUAAAUUUAUCAUUCCUGAUUAUUUGGUGCAGACUUUUCAUCCACAUUAAUGCUCAAUACCGUUCACCGAGAAUCACUGAACAUCCCUCGGAUAUUCUUGUACCAAAGGGGGAACCCGUCACUCUCAAUUGCAAAGCUGAAGGUAGACCUGAGCCUACGAUUGAAUGGUUUAAGGAUGGUGAAUCAGUGAAGACAAGUCCAAAUGACAAUAAAUCACAUCGAGUAUUAUUACCAUCUGGUUCCCUAUUCUUCCUACGUACAGUACAUGGGAAAAAAGAGCAAGAUGCUGGGGUUUAUUGGUGUGUAGCAAAAAAUGUUGCUGGAAAAGCACAAAGUCGAAAUGCUACUCUGCAAAUUGCAGUGCUAAGGGAAGACUUUCGAGUGGAACCCAAAGAUACACGAGUAGCGGCCGGAGAGACGGCCCUAUUGGAAUGUGGGCCACCAAAGGGGAAUCCCGAACCCACACUAAUUUGGAAGAAAGAUGGGAUGAUUUUAGACUUAGAUACGAUACACAAUAACCACAACUUGCCAUCGUUCCGGAUGCGAAUAGUGGAUGGAGGAAAUUUGUUGAUCAACGAUGUGCGCCCACUUGAUGAAGGACGAUACCAAUGUAUUGCACAAAAUGUUGUAGGUACAAGGGAAAGUGCCUACGCCAAACUCACUGUACAAGUGAAACCCUACUUCAAUAAAGAACCCACGGAUAUCACUGUUCUAAGUGGACAAACUGUUCAAUUCCACUGUUCCGUAGGUGGAGACCCUCAACCUCAGAUUCUCUGGCGAAAAGAUGAUGGAAAUAUGCCUGUGGGAAGGGCGGAUAUAUUAGAAAGUGACAAGAGCCUAAUAAUAAAGAAUGUGGCACUAACGGAUGAGGGCAUGUACAUUUGUGAGGCACACAAUAGCGUGGGACAAAUAAGUGCAAGAGCUCACUUGAUUGUCAAUUCACCUCCGAGCUUCUCUGUUCGACCACAAGAUAAAAAAGUCGGCCUCAACGGCAUUGCAAUGUUUGAGUGCCUAGCAAAGGGGAAUCCGCCUCCAUCGGUGUUCUGGACAAAGGAAGGAUCGCAAAUGCUAAUGUUUCCUGAUAAUUCAUACGGACAUAUACAUAUCACAACGCAGGGAACAUUGCAAAUUCGUGGGGUACAGAAGGAGGAUGCUGGAUACUUUGUAUGUUCGGCCCUGAGUGUUGCUGGAUCAGCAACAACACGUGCUUUCUUACAGGUGACAUCAGUUGAUGACAUACCACCCCCAAUUAUUCAAAUCGGACCAAGCAACCAAACACUGCCACUUGGAAGCGCAACUCUGAUGCCCUGUCAGGCCAUUGGAACACCACCACCCACCAUAAAAUGGUACAAAGACGGAAUGGCUAUGGCAGCGGGGCAGCGGAAUUUUAUGAUCCAACAGAACGGAUCCCUCAGACUAACGAACUUGCAGUUGGCCGACUCAGGACUCUAUACUUGCACAGCAUCGUCAGAGAGUGGUGAAACAUCAUGGUCAGCAUCCCUAACAGUGAAGAAAAGUACAUCACCAAUAUUUCACAGAAUACCCGACCCUAGCAGUUUUCCAGCACCACCCUCAGCACCCAGAAUCAUUAAUAUCACAGAAAAUUCCAUAACACUGUCCUGGAGACGAAAUCAAAGCGAAGAAGCGUCCUCAUUAAUUGGAUACACGGUGGAGUAUUUUAGCUCAGAUUUACAGACUGGUUGGGUGGUUGCGGCUCAUCGUGUGCCAAAUCAAACAAUUACGAUAACCGAAUUAAAGCCAGCAACUUCCUAUGUAUUUUUGGUACGUGCCGAAAAUAUCUAUGGACUGUCUAUCCCAUCGCUAUUGUCUCAUACUGCCAAGACAUUGGGAGCCAGAAGUGAAAUAAUACCACAAUCAAAAUUAAUUGCAGCUCGUGCUGUUCUCAGUGAAAAGAUUGUUGAACUUGUUAAUGCAGUAGCUGUUAAUUCAACAUCCAUCCGUUUGGACUGGAGACUUCAUAUCACAUUCAAUGAUGAAUAUAUUCAAGGGUUGUAUUUGCGUUUUCGUGAUGUUAGCAGUGGUUCACAGAACUACAACAUCAUCACAAUUAUGAAUGCCAAAUUGGAAACUCAUGUUGUGGCCAAUUUGAAGAAAUUCACAAAAUACGAAUUUUUCAUUGCACCUUUCUAUCAGAGUGUCGAAGGUCAGCCUAGCAAUUCGAAAGUUGUGCAAACCCUUGAAGAUGUCCCAUCUGCACCACCUGACAGCGUUCAGACGGGAAUGUUGAAUCUCACGGCUGGUUGGGUACGCUGGCUACCGCCCCAGAAUCAGCAUCACAAUGGCAUAAUAUUGGGGUACAAGAUUCAAGUAAAAGCGGGAAAUUCAUCGAAAAUUUUGGCACAAAUGACCCUCAAUGCUACCACAAUGUCCGUAAUGUUGAACAACCUUACAAUAGGAGCCACUUACAACAUCCGCAUUGUGGCCUACACAAGGGUCGGAGCCGGACCAUAUUCUCAACCUGUCACGCUCUUAAUGGAUCCAUCCCAUAUCAUUUCACCACCUCGCGCUCAUCCAAGUGGAUCAGCCUCAACUUCUGAGGAGCCCCAGAAAAGGGAUAUCGUGCAUGAACCCUGGUUCAUGAUCCUUCUUAUUCUUAUGCUUGUGACAAUAAUUGUGGCUUCGGGAACGGCAAUGAUAUUUUUCCGAAAGAAGCACAGACUUAGCAAGGGAAUAAAUCAUUUGAACGUCCCUACUGUUAACGCCAACGACAUCACAGCUCUAGCUUUAAAUGGGAAAGAAAGUAUUUGGAUAGAUAGAGGCUGGAGAGCUGGAGAUACAGACAAGGAUUCUGGACUUAGUGAAGCCAAACUACUAGUCAACUCUUCCAAUACGCCUGGAUCUUAUGGAGAAAUAGGAACAGAUUAUGCCGAAGUAGAUACGAGGAAUUUAAGCACAUUCUACAGCUGUCAGAAGUCACCUGAAAAUCCGACACCUUAUGCAACAACCAUGCUCAUCAAUAGCGGCAAUCCGAGUGGAAGUAGUAGGUCAUCGAGUGACACUUGCACAAAACGGUCAAAUUGCAGCCGAGAACCUUAUUCAUCAGGCGCUUCCAGCCCCACAUCAAAUGCCAUUCAAGCCAAGCCCCAACCAUCGAUACCCUACACCCCAUUUCCCCAGAUAGUUCCUAAUAAUUGGACAGAUUUCCUGCCACCACCACCCGAACACCCACCUCCAAUACCCGGAAGCACAAAUCCGGCACUAUUUUACACAAAUGACAACAUCCCAAUGGAUAGGAAUGGACAACAAGGGUCUAAGUCCUGUUCUGGAUUAGUUUCCGGAAAUAGUGGAUCAUCGUGCGGAAACUCAAUCUCGAGCUACACUCCUUGGGAUGUGCAUCAACAGAUGAAUAAUACAGAAAAUAUAUACAAUAGCCUAUUACCCUAUCCGGGAGCCCAAUAUCAAAAAUGCUGCCAAAAUGUAGGUCAUUUUACAUGUUGUGUAUCAAAUAUGCCAAAUAAUCACCAUGUUCCUAAAAAGCAAUGCCAUCAACAUUCCGACUAUCAGCGGCACAAUCAACAGCAAAGUAAUUGCUGCAACAAUUCUCAUAGCUGCGAUGCUCUGGCAUCUCAUCAGCAAAUUCUAAAUCCAGACUAUCAGCACAACAUAAUUUAUACAUGCUCAUCGGAAUGUUCUGAGCAUUCACUAAGGCAAGCCAUUAGAUGUCCAAGGCACUAUCAUCCCAAGAAGAAGAAAUUGUCCGAGGUGAGCGAACGAGGCAGAGAGAAUGCACCAAUAAUUUCCACAACUCAUGAAUAUGAAUACAAUCGGAAUGACGACUAUUCGACAAAUGAUAAACUUAUUGAACAAAAUAGUGACUGUUAUGCUUCGCGUGAAGACACUGACACGUGCUGCUCUUGCAGCGAAGAAAGCUCUUGUGUUUAUGCCGAGACUAACGAUCCAUCGCAAUAAGUGUUCCAAACACGACAAAUUUAUAUAUAUAUAUAUACAUAUAUUUCUGUAGUAGUCUUUUCUAAAAUGUGUCUAUGCGAAAAAUCUCUAGUCAUUUCUCGAAGUAACUUUGUACUAAUAGGGCAAGUAUCACAAAAAAUAGGAAAAAAAAUCAAAUAGAUCAGUAGGUGAAAAUAUGGCUAAAAAUAUUCUAAAUAGUUAAGAAAGUCGUCUUGUGAGUAAAUAUUUAAUCCCUUUAAAUUUUUCAGUUCGAUCGAGUUCUCUGAUUGGCUAGAGCUUAAAAGUUUUCAAAGCUCUCAAAGCUCUGGCCAAUCACAGAGCACGAUGGAACUAAAAUAUUUCACGGGAUUAAAUAUUUAAUUACAUGUGGAUAUUGUUUAAAAAAAAACAGUGAUGUUAAAUUUAUUUUGCUAUCUAACAUAGCAUAGCAGUUUAUCAAUCUUUUAUUUCAGCGACCUUUAUCUUUAAUUUUCUUUGCGACUUCAGCGCUCCUUUGCAUUUUGCUUUUUAGACAAAAAUUAAAAUAGUCUACAAACUACUAGAUUUAGUAACGGCUAACAUUUGAGACUGAAAAUAGAACAAUCGAAUAGCUGAAAAUGAAGAUAAAUCGAAAUUUUGAUGCAUUUUCACACACAAUUAUAAAGAAAUAAUUAAAAAUUAUUCUCAGAAAUUAGAUAAAAUUAAUUCACAAAAAUUGAAGUCGAAAAAUACCUGAAAGCUGAACUGUACGAUACGUAGAGGAGGCUGGGGUAAAAAGUCACAAAACGGAUAUUUUAUUUUCUUACAAAACUGAGAUAAAAACAGGGGUGCGAUUAACUUUUUUUCCUCAUAAUUUUAACACUUUUUAGGUGUAAAAAUAUAUCAACAUUCUUUAAUGUUAAUUUUACACCUUUUUAAGGAUAAAAUUAACAUAAAAAAGGGUAACUUUAACCCCUAAUACACUUAAAAAGCAUAAUAUUUACACCGAUUUCGGAUUAAUAUUGCAGGGUAAAAUUAACAUUUCAGGAAUGUUAUUUUAACUUUUUCGGAUUUCUCUCAGUAAAGUUACCAGAGCGCUCCAGAAAUCUCUAAUUAGAAAAUUUUUAUAGGAAAUUUACCACUCUGCAACUUUGUGAAAGUCAUUUUCCUUCUUUUUGUAAGGAAUUACAUUUAUCGAGCUGUUUUCUAAAAGUUAAUUUUGUGGGCAUUCUCAAAAAUGUUGGGGAAAAUAGUACCAGACAUGGAGCAUUAUCACACUUUGAUUCACUUUAUUACGAGCUUCCGUAAAUUAAACAAAAUUCCUAGAUGAAAUAUUUUUAUAGGAAAUUUUCUCCUCUACACCUUUGGAAAAUACCUUUUGCUCUAUCUGAUUGAGAAAAACGCUUUUCGAACUAUUUUAGAAAAAAAAAAACACAAAAGAGACUGUCCGUGGUGUCACAUAUCUCAAUAUCUCAGCUUUCAAAUCAUUUUAUAGAGAUUUUAUCGGGUUCAGUUUCUUAGUGCCAAUUUUAUUAUUUUGACUCAAAAGUAUCACAUUCGGGGCUCAUUUUUAAGGAAAAUAAAUCUGAACUGAAAAUUUCGUCUCCUAAAAUGUUGUCAAAAAGAAGUUACGACAAAUGCUGAUUUAACUGACGAUCUGUUUUACGUAUUACCGAAAAGGAAUAGUAAUGACUUAGUCAUCUCUUUCGCAAUUAUACGCUUUUUCACAUAUAAGAUUAAUAUUAAUAUUAAGAAAAGCCGGAAAGAGAGGAGUAUAGUAUGCAAAAUUUCAAAUGGAAAAUCACGUGUGUUAGAAAGAGUACACUCUAGUGAAGUAAUACGAUGAGUAAGAUAUAACUGUUCGAGAGAGAGGCAAAAUAAAACAAUUGCUAUCUUCUUUUUGGUAUUCUCGCAGUUCAGAAAGUAUUAAUCUUAAUAUUAAUAUUAUAUGUGACAUGGUCAUGUAAAUCGUUUGACCAAUGCAAAAAACGGCGAGACAUGGAAAUGGCGUUUAUUUUCGUCGUGAGACAUCAGAAAUUUCUUCGGUUUUCCUUACUUUUUGCUCCUUACCUUUUGUUACUUUUUACCCCAAGUGACCGCUUUUAAUAAAAGGAUUUCUGGAGAAAAGAAUCUUUGUAAAAUCUAAAAUAGAUAGCGGCUUCAUAUUCAAAGAAUCCUAAUCAAUUUAGGAAAUAUUCACCAGUGCAUCGAUUUUGGAAAAUAAAUAGGUAAUAAUUGAUAUCUGCAGUAAGGAAAAUAUUUCUAAAAUAGGGCUACAAAUUUCACAAUAUUUUAUUUUCUAAAUUCCUUGUUCAAAUUCUAAGAAACUUACGAAAUUGAAAAAGGUCUAUGGAGGCUAUCUUUGGGAAAAAAAUUAAGCCGCUAUCUUUUUUAUCUUGGAAGAUAUUGAAUUUUGAAAUUUUCGCUUUGUGACUUUUUGCCCCAGUCUCUCCUACAAUUAAUCUAACUAUUUAGCCGAGACACAAACUUCUAACACUGUUUUUUUUCAUUAUUUCCUCUUCCUCUUAAUUCUUCUGCUAUUUCUUAUUACUUUCUUCUGUUCUCUCAGAAUAUCCUAUGGAUACAUUUAUUUAUUGCUAAUUUGCCUGAAAAUUGCGAAAAGAACGCGUAACUCUGGGAAAAACGGCUGUUCUUUACAGUAAGUAGUAAAGAUCGCAGUAAAGAAUGGACCGUGUCGGUACUAACAGGCUAUGGGGAAUUCUAUUGGAAUUCAUAUGGUAUUCUCUUUAAAAUUUCCGUCGUAAAAUUCCACUGACUUUCCAUGAGAUUUCUUACAUUUUUUUUUAAUUUUCUCAUGUUUAUUUCACUCUUCAAUUCCAUUUCAAAUUGUGACCCUAAAACUCUGUGUAGUUUCAGCAUAGAAAUAUCCAUUUUGGAAUUUUCCCUUUAAGGCCUAUACUUCAGUCGAGAUGGUUUUCAAAGGGUAAAGUUUUUAUAUUCCUCUCUGUUUAGUAAAAUCAAUUUUUUUAACAUCACUGUUGAAAAAUUAUCUAAACGACUCUCAAUAAUAGGCAAAACAUUUUCUAAAAACUAUUUUAAUAUCCACUUGAAGACUUACAUCUUUAUAUAAACGUACAUAUUACAUGUAUAUAAACCCCAUAACAAUAAUAAACUAGUAUCUAGGAUCCAGAUUAAUUGUUUGCUAGUCCAUUUACUGACAUGUACGUAGAUUUUCCUAGAAUUUUUUCGAAUUUUUCACCAAACAAAAUGCAUACAAAUUGAAAAUCAAGAUGAAGAAAAAAAUGUCUGUACAGAUAUGCAAUAACACCCACUCCCCCCCUUCUUAAGACUGAACAAUAAAACUUUUGCUAUGUGAGGUACAUUUAGAAUUCGAAAAACUGGCAAAAUGCUUUAUAGAAAUUGCUUGGAAAAACUUUCCAUUUAAAAUUAAGUUGUUUUCCUGAAUAAUUUAAAAUUCAAAAAUAUCAUUUGCAGAAGAGCAAACUUCAAUUUUGGCACAAAACAAUUUCCAUAUGAAACAUAUCUUAAAAUUCAACAAAACUUUUUGCAUAAAUCAUUUUCUUGAAUAAUUUAGAAUAUCUGACUUCAUAUCAAAUAUGAAUGUUUUAGUCCAACAUUGCAAUAAUUUCUUCAAUAGAGAAAGUGCAAAGAAAAAAAUCAAAUUAGUGUGCUUGUACAUCUGUGUACCAUAAUUUUUUUUUAAAUAAUUUAUAAACUAAUGCAAUAUCAUAUCUAUUAUCUUUUAUAGAUUAUUUAAAAGAAUUUAUUUAAAAAAAAAACGUAAAACGUGGUUAUUUGUAAAAUAUAAUUGUUUUUUAUUGUAGUUUCAAAAGCAAUCACAAAAUCGAAAAAAAAAUUAUUAAACUUAUUCUUUCUAUUUUUAUUGCUAUUGAGCCCAAUUGACUUAACAAAUCCUGUUGGAUAGUAAUUUUUAAGUGUAUUAUAGAAGUUGUUCUACAAGACAUAAAAACGUAAAAAAAAAUGUAGAAAAUAUUAAAACUUUGCAAAACUGUGAUAUAUUGUGAUGUGAUAUGCAUAAAAUAUGUAAUUUGCAAAAAAAAAUCAUACGGUAACAUCUGUCUCACUAUGCGUACUCCAUACAAUAAGAAUCAUUAUGAGAAAGUUGAAAAACUUUUUUUGUGUGUAUGGUGCAUCUAGAAUAUGACGAAAAAAAGUUUCUAUAAACGGCAAUAUAUAGUAAGUUUUGUACAGAUAAUAGAAGAAAUUAAAAAAAAAAAGAAGAAAAAACGAAUUAAAAAAUUGCAACCCAUUCACGUACACAACAAUUUAUAGAAGCAUAAAGAAUAACUUCAAGAAUCAUGGAUAAAUUCAAAUGUAAAUAAAGUAAAUAUACAAAAAAGUCAAGCAAACAUUUUGGAACAGCCCUUUAAAAAAAUGUUUUAAUAAUAAACAAAUAGUGUAUACUUUGAAAAUAAUGUCGAAUAUAGAAUAAACCCUCCAAA